UCUGUUUACAUCUCACACACUGGACUAUGAAAGAAAUUUGGAAGAAUCAGUGGAUUUUUUCAACUUUUCACUAACUUUGCCUCUUCUUAUUUGCAGUGGGGAGGUGAUGGCCAUGCUGAACAAUUUUAGAGCUGAUAUAAAUAAAGCAUUUGUCACCAAGAAGAAAUGCUUCGAGUCCUUCACCAGCUCUUCUCUCAAAACCAGCCAGCAGAAGAUCGAGGAGAUGUGGAAGUCUCAACAGAAGGAGCGGGCUCAGAUGUCUGAAGAUUACGGCACUCAGUUCAGCUCUGUGUUCCAGCAGUGGGAAUCAGAUAUACAGAGGACCAAAGACCAGGACAAGAAGCUCAUGUCUUUGUUCCAGCACCAGCAGACGAUGUUCCAGCAGAUGAGAGCUUCCCAAGGCCAGAGGCUGAAGACGCUCCGACAGCUCGUGGACCACUACAUCAAAAGCAUGCAGGAGCUGCAAGUGACUCACGAGGAACAGAACACCACAGUCAUGAGCGAGUUACGCCAGGAGAUGGCGCUGCUCCAGAAGAAAAUCCUCAUGAACACACAGCAGGAGGAGAUGGCGUCUGUACGCAAAGCUCUGCAAUCGAUGCUGAUGUAGGUACUGUAUAGAAACACUGGACAACAAAAUAAGAGUCCUUUAAAUAUUCCUAACGGCUCCAGAAGGACGCUCUGAAAACAAGCUGUUCCAUUUUGUUCAUUCACUUUAUACUGUCUUCAGCUGUUCACUUUAGAAAUGUCCUCUAUCCUUUUCACCCAGUUUUAUCUGCCCUGUCCACUUUCCUCAGUGUAGGAACUGAGGCUGAUUAUUUGCCUUUGAAAAGAAUCAAAUUUGGCUCUACUUUCUGUUCCUGAGAGGUUUGAAAUAAAACGUUCAAUCUCAUUUUUUUAACAGGUGCUUUUAUUUUUAAAAAAUCAGAGCAAUGUAACAGACAGACCAGUAAUUUGAGUCGGCUUACAACACUGCCAGAAGUUAGAAGAGAGCGAUUGAAAGCGUUUUCAGAAAGGAAACUGAUGAGUAUUAACAGUGUUCGUACAAUAAUACUUUACAAACUCUUUCGUGGUGGUAAAGUACAGUUUGCAUUGAUGAAUAUAAACUGAAGUCGAAGGCGUUCAGUAAUUUCUGGACGUGAAAAAUGAAACCAGUGAAUGAACUGCAGGGUCAUUUUGUUCCAAGCAAAUGGGAAUUAAGACUGGUAACAUCACCAAAUUAAAAAAAGUUUUAAAGGAAUACUUCACUGAUUUUUAGCGCAGUCUCUCUUUGAUGUAUCUGUAACAUGAUCAAUUAGCAUUUAUAGGAAUUCCAACACGUUUCAACCACUAAGGCCAGAAACAGACUCAACGCAAGUAAAGUACGUGAACGCAAAUGAACAGCGCUCGGCCUGGCACUGCAAACGCUCAGUCCUUCUGUACCAACUCGCUGCGCGUUCUUAUGUUACUAUGGUGGUUAAACGCUCAGUACUGAAGGGGGCGCUAGAGGACAAAUCAGAGAGGAUCUACUAUUAUUCCAA